GUGAGCCAGUGGUACGAGCUUGUGGUCUUCACAGCCAGCAUGGAAAUCUACGGCUCGGCUGUAGCAGACAAGCUAGACAACAACAGGAGCAUCCUCAGGAGGAGAUACUACAGGCAGCACUGCACUUUGGAACUGGGCAGUUACAUCAAAGACCUUUCGGUGGUCCACAAUGACCUGUCCAGCAUCGUCAUCUUGGACAAUUCCCCAGGAGCCUACAGGAGCCAUCCAGGCAAGGAGAGCCUUGGAGGG